AUGGCGGACGAGCUGGUAGAAAUCUUGCAAAACUUUGAUCUUUCUAGUACAGAGCUCCAAAUGGCGAGUCUGGAGAAUGAGGAACUAAGUGGUGGAAUUAAGGAGUGUAAAAACAGUUUGAUUGGCAAGUUCAUUCUGUCGUCAGAGAGUGAAAGACAGAGGAUUCUGCUAGGAGGACCAUGGAUAAUUGACAACCAAAUGCUGGUGUUAAGUGAAUGGUAUGAAGGUAUUGAGGAGGAUGACAGGGCCUUCAGGUUAGCACCUUUGUGGAUUCAGGUUUGGAAUUUGCCGGUGCAUUGGAUGUCCAAGGAAGCAAGUAAAAAGAUAGGUGCAAGUUUUCACAAGGUUAGAGAGGUGAUUGUUCCUCAGAUGGGAGGUAAAGAAGGAAGACACCUGAAAAUCCUAGUGAUGACAGAUAUCUCUAAACCACUGCUUAGAGAAUCAAUUGUUAAAGUGAGGGAAACAACUAAAUGGGCGUGUUUUAAAUACGAGAGGUGCCUGGACUUUUGCUAUAAUUGUGGAAUCAUAGGACAUAGUGAAAGGACAUACAUGAGACAAGGAAAUACUGGGGAAGGAAAAAAGGAUAACCAGUUUGGUCCCUGGCUGCGUGCUGGCAUUGCAAGGAAACCACCUCAGAAUAAUCAGGCUAGCAUGGAUGGGGAAUGGAAAGAGCAAAGGACACCUGAAGAUCAGGAGACAGGGGUAGGUUCACAAAAAGAGAAAGGCUCUAUGGGUAAAACCAAAGAGGAUAAUGUGGAGGAAGAUAGAAUAACGGGUGAUAGGACUGCUCAGGUGGCACAGGAAGGUGACUAUAGGGAUCGUGGGGAACUAGUCCUAGAUAAGCAUUUAAAGUUAGUUAGAAAAACUGACCAGGAUAUAAGGAGAUUGUACGAAGGGGAGGAAGUAUGA